AUGGGUUUUGACCAUUUUUGCUCUUUUUUUUCAGACUCCAAAGGAAAACUAGACGAGCUAGUUCCAGGGCUUCAUCCUUUGAGAUACAAAGACCUACCUACUUCAAAGUUUGCACCAUUAGAAAAUAUACUAGAGCUGUAUAUGUACACAGUGGAUAAACAGACAGCUUCCUCUGUGAUAAUCAACACGGUGAGCUGUCUAGAAAGCUCAUCCCUGUCUUGUCUGCAACAACAACUAGAGAUUCCAGUGUAUCCUAUAGGCCCUCUUCACAUGGUGGCCACAGCUACUACGAGUCUGCUUGAAGAGGACAAGAGCUGUAUUGAAUGGUUGAACAAACAAAAGAGAAACUCUGUGAUAUUCGUAAGUUUGGGAAGCUUAGCUACAAUGGAUCAAAAUGAGGUGAUGGAAACAGCUUCGGGGUUAGAAAGUAGCAACCUGCAUUUCUUGUGGGUGAUUAAGCCAGGUUCAAUACGUGGUUCGGAGUGGAUAGAGUCCUUACCUGAUGAGUUUAGGAAGAUGGUUUCAAGAAGAGGGUACAUAGUGAAAUGGGCACCACAGAAGGAAGUACUUGCUCAUCCUGCAGUAGGAGGGUUUUGGAGUCAUUGUGGAUGGAACUCGACGCUAGAAAGCAUGGGGGAAGGAGUUCCAGUGAUCUGUAGACCUUUUUCUACUGAUCAAAAGGUGAACGCAAGGUACUUGGAUUGUGUAUGGAGAACAGGGAUUCUAGUGGAAGGUGAGCUAGACAGAAGAGCGGUGGAGAGAGCUGUGAAGAGGCUAAUGGUGGGUGAAGAAGCAGAGGAGAUGAGGAAGAGAGCCAUCAAUUUGAAGGAGAGACUGAGAGCAUCUGUUAGAGAUGGAGGUUCUUCACACAACUCGCUUGAUGAAUUUGUACACUUCUUGAAGUUUCUGUGA